CACCGCGUCCCUGCCGCCCGCCUGCUGCCGGCUCGCCCCUGUGCGCUGGUGUCUUCUGAUGCCUUCGGCCCAGGCUUCCCCCUCAUGGCUCUGAUCUCCUUUGCCGCCCCCUCAACACCCAGCCUGGGACACGCAGCCUCUCCCUCGGAAGCAGGGAUGCUCGCUUUCCUCCUGGCAGGCUGUGCCAGCCACGUGCUGUCACCUCGGAGUGUCUUCCAGCCGCGUGUCCCUGCCUCGCUGGGGCACUGAGCUCUCCGUAGUCUGUGAAAACCCCCCCUGCUUCAGCGGGAUUCUUCGGCUCUGCUGACUCUUUGGCUUCCUGGUCUUUGCCCACCCUGUUCCUCGACCACGUCUGUUCAGACCCUGCUCUUGACAAAUCUUGCCCCCUCGGAGGCUUCGAGAGGAGCAGGCAGCGUCACGUGGAGGUGGAGCAGAGCUUGUCCCCGUUCGGGAGGAUACGGGCUGCGGCAGGAUCGGUUCGGGAGCCAUGGGCCGUCGGCUCCUCCGCGGUGUCUCUGGAGCCGCAGUCGUCCUUGCCAGCGUGGCCCUCCUCUCCAUGCGGCACCGUGGGGCUCGGGAGGCGGCUCAGUACCCAGGGAUCGGGGAGGGGAUGUUGGAGAAGCCAGAGCAACAGAGCCAAGGGAGCCCAGAGGGAGCCGGUGGCAGGGGGCAGACGGACCUCAGACUCCAUCCUCCGGAGGGAUACAGGAGUGAGGGAAGCCUGACGCUUGGGGACAUUUUCAUAGCUGUGAAGACAACAAAGAGGUUUCACCGGAGCAGGAUGGUGCUGCUCCUGGACACGUGGAUAUCCCAAGCCAGCAAACAGACCUACAUCUUCACUGAUGAAGAAGAUGAUGCCUUGAAAAGGAGAAUGGGUGGCCGUGUGAUCUUCACCAACUGCUCUGCCGAGCACAGCCACCUGGCCCUGUCCUGCAAGAUGGCUGCAGAGUUCGACGCCUUCCUGGCCAGCGGCCUGAGGUGGGGCAGGGCUGCUGUGGGGGGACCCCGGAGGGCAAGAGGCACCCUCCUUACUGAAAACUUCUUGUGUCUUCCUGUCUGCCCCAGCUGGUUUUGCCACUUGGAUGAUGACAACUACCUGAACCCUGGGGCACUCCUGAAGCUCUUGUCCUCCUAUGCGGAGACACGGGAUGUUUACCUGGGCAAACCCAGCCUGAACCGACCCAUCUGGGCCUCUGAAACGCUGCCAAACAACCAGACGAAAUCCGUGCGCUUCUGGUUUGCCACUGGAGGGGCCGGGUUCUGCAUCAGCCGCAAGCUGGCAAGGAAGAUGGUGCCCUGGGCCAGUGGCAGGAACUUCCUGAGCACUUCGGAACUCAUCCGCCUGCCGGAUGACUGCACCGUGGGUUACAUCAUUGAGUGCAAAGUCGGUGGGCAGCUGAUUCCCAAUGCACUCUUCCACUCCCACCUGGAGAACCUGCAGCUCAUCCCCACCUCUCAGCUCAUGCAGCAGGUCACCCUCAGCUAUGGUGUGUUUGAGAACAAACUCAAUGUCAUUGAGCUCAGCGGCCCCUUCUCGCCCCAGGAGGAUCCUUCAAGGUUUCGAUCCCUCCACUGCCACCUCUAUCCCAACACCUCCUGGUGCCUGCAGGCUGUUGGCUGGUGAUGCCUGAGCCUCAGCUGCAGCGGCUCCAGGUGACACCUGUUCACCUGCAGGGAGUGGGACACUGAAGAAGCUUGGUGCUCCCAAUUUCACCUUCACCCUGGUGGUCUUGGUGUGCUGUGAUGGCUUUCUUGGUCCUCGCUCAAUAGUGGUGACUCAGGACAAGAGACGAGUUCUGAUCCAAAGAUGGAUAGGAUGGGCUGGACACAUGAAUGAGCUUCUCAUCUGAGUUGGGAUAUGUGCAAGGAAUGGGAGCAGUAUGCCUUCUGAGCAGAUCAAGAAUAGGAUAGUGACUGCUGGGCAUCUGAGCAGAGAUGAGGACUUGCUGCUGCUGCUGCGCUGUGCCCUGGCCACAUCUUUCUGGACUAGAAGGGCCCUGUGUGUGCAUACCUGGUGCCCAGCUCCUGGUGGGAGGCAUCAUGUCAUUGCUCCAGGCUGUCUGAGCAGGGCCUCUUCCUCCAUAUUGGUGCUUUCCCUGUUGCCCACACUUUGCAGCCACAGACCUGUUGAGUCUCUGCAUAGUCAAAGUCUAUAGAAAUGGAAAAUGUGACCAUUUUUGGGCUGAAUGAAUCCUGGAAAAGCAGAGUCCUUGCUCAACAGAGGGGAGAUGGACAGGAAGUACAAAGAAUCAGGAAUCCUCUGCUCUGCUGGGACAAAAAAGAGGGCAUGGAGUAAGGGAGCCAGGGGGAAACUGAGUGAGAUGGGGAUGGUUCUUGCGUUGAAUGUUGAAGGUUUGAUCUUGUAUGGUACUGCAUUAUUCCUCUCCUUUUACCUUCUUGAUGUGGGGUCAGGCUAAUCUCUUGCUCUAAUUACCAACCUGUCGUUUGAGAUUAGAGUCCAGCUCAUAUCUGUGAGAGGAGACAUCAAGGAUUAGAGCUGGCUGAAAGAGAGGAGGAAGGAAGAGAUGGAGAAGGAGCUCUCAGGAGCGGAUUAGAGGUUACGGCUUUAUAAUCUUUUCUGUCCCCAUCCAAAAAAAUUAAGUCACGAUGGAAUGGAAACAGCAAGGCAAAGAGCUUUUUAUCUCUGUGGGGCUUCCCUCCAGGUGCCAAUAGCAGCUUUCUGCCUUCCUGCUCUCCCUGCUGAGCGUAACAGAGGGAAGGAGUGGACUCAAAUAGGUUACAGGCUUUCUGGCAUGUUUGUGAAGGGUGCUUUUCUCAAUACAGUGCCCAGUGUGAAAGCUGGGCAAUGGUCCUUGCUGGGGAAUGAACUUUGGCAUCAUUUUGUCCUUGUACACACAGUUAAGUGGCUGGGGGAGGGUUUUGCAAGGAAACCUGGAAGGCAGAGAGGCUGUUUUAAAUGGCAGGUGGUGCCACAAACAGGUAUCUUUCUUUAAAGAGUAUUUCAAAACAGACUGCUGGGAUCUGUGAGAGAUCCUGUAAUCUCCAGAUGAAAGGACAAAUGCCCUUUCUCUACAGAGCUGCUCAGCUUUGAUGCUGCUGAUGUGACUAAGCCUGCUGCUGGUGGGCUGGAAGAGCCAAAGGCGACUGUCACUGUGGCUUUGCCGUUUUGAAAACUGGCCACUCUGUCACCUCCUGCCACCCCCAAGCACCAGCAUCUCCUACACAGUGCACACAAAGUUUAAAGGAAAGGCGACAGAAAGACCUUCCACCUCUGUAAAGGGGGAUCUAGAAAGGAAUGAGCACUUUAAUUUUUGGAAAAAACAGAAGGCAGGAGCCUGUGGAGCUGUUUUCCAACCUGGUAAUUCUUACUGGCAUUUAGUCAGCUUGUGCAGCAGCACACAGCCUUGCUUUCUUCUGUUGCACAACAGGCCUUUGAAGUAGAAGUUUGUCCUGAGCAGGCGCAGGGGCGAGCUGAGGCCAGUGACCAUUUCUUGAGUUGUGGAAAGCCUUGGCUCACACGGCUACGCCAGCCAAGAAUCCACAUGGCACAAAACAGGGACACAGCUAUUGGAAGAGGGAUGCACCACCAAGAAGUCCUGCCCCACAGGACUAGUGGUUUGGGCACAGCCAGAAGAUGAAAUACGGUUUUGUGAGAAGGAAUGAGUCUUCAAGAGAAACCUACACUACUUGGAUAUAUCAUUUUUCCCCAUUCAGAUUUUCAGCUGAUGUUAAUAGAGACUUUGAGGUAAAAAGCUGGUCCUGGCUGUAGAUGUCCUGGUGACAGUCAGAGCAAAAUGUGAUUCAUGUGAGGAAACUGGUACAGCAGCUUCACUUCCCUGGGGUAAAAGCAAAGCAGAGAAACUGAAAGCUUGCUUUGGAUCCCGGCUUCAGCUGGUCUGAAUUGACCUGGUGCCUUUUGCACGGUUGAAGAUCAGAUGUUUAAUGGGUUGAAUCCUUGAGUGGCUGCAUGGGGACCCGUUUAAGACUCGGUUUCGUUGCUAGAGCAGUUAAGUGCCACUUUUGUGGAAAAUGUCUUGUCUCAUAAGGAAACAGAACAGAUGAGAAGAUGUCUGGGGCAGGGCAUCUCUUGGGCUGUAGAGAAAUGAAUGACAGAAGAGUCCUGCUAUGCCUGUGACGACAAUAGGCUGGAAAGAAAAUAGCUUCUGAGUCGACAAAAGAAACCAGGUUUUCUCUAAGAACAGAGAGACAGCUUAAUGGGACGCUCACCGCAUGAAAUCUGAUCAACGUUAAAACAUGAGUUAAAAUUAGUUUCAGGAAUGGUUCCUGCCCCUGGGGCUUGCUGUCAGAUAUUGUGGUUUUACAGUCUCAUUUUCCUAGUUUAUUAAAAUGUUUAGCUGCUUGGGAAAAUGAGAAACAAUCUCAUGUGAAACUUUUCAGGGGGCUGUCUUCUUUUAUUCUCUUUCUCUUGAUGUAACAAAGAUUUUGGAAAGGUUCCACUGGGUCUAUUAAAUUUGUAUUUUUUUCUUCUU